UGCGCAUCCUAUGGUUCAGUGAGGGGGGUCUACCGCAUGGUUGCUUUAUAAACGCAGUUUCCGCCUGCUUGUGUUUUUCAGGUCUCACGCGCACGGAAGAGCAGGGCUGUUUGUGUGUUCACACCGGUUGGCUGUGUGUGUCUGUGAACGGAACCGAGCAGCGAGCGACGCCAAUGCGCGCGCGCCCGUGCGGAAGAGAGCUGUCCAACUGCUGCGGUGCUGAAACCUUCGCGUCCAUCCCGAGUGGCGGGUGACAGGUUGCGUGUGGACUGGAGUCCGAGGAGUUCGUACUCCGACCUCGUGCUCCUGGGCAACACACGGACGAGUCUGGCGAGCGGCCUGUAUGAGACAUUUGGGCACGCCGAGCGUUACCUGAAGGUAAAUGUUGAAGACAACGACAUGUUACCGAAACCUCGACGCGCUGUUACCAUUCAAGAGAUCGCAGCGCUUGCUAGAUCUUCACUUCACGGUAUCUCACAGGUGGUUAAGGAUCAUGUGACAAAGCCCACAGCGAUGGCACAGGGGCGUGUGGCGCACCUGAUCGAGUGGAAUGGUUGGCGUAAACCCACAGACACACCCAGCGCUCUGGAGUCUCACCUCACAUCAUACUCACAUCUGUCUGAGGGGGAACAGGAGGCCAGAUUUGCUGCAGGGGUAGCGGAGCAGUUUGCCAUCGCGGAGGCGAAACUUCGUGCCUGGUCUUCAGUAGAUGGUGAUGAAUCGAAUGAUGAUUCAUAUGAUGAAGAUUUUCUACCUGCAAAUGAGCCGGUCACACAGAGCACAGAUCUUCCCUCGUACCCUCACUACCUGAGAGAUCUGAUACACACUCAGGUGUGUCAGAAUCGCCUGCGGGUUCGAGGUCUGUGCGAGGCGGAGAGCGGCGUCGGAGCUGACCUUUCGCCUCCCGUAGGGUCGCCGGGGUCACCGUCCGAAACGCUCUGCUCCAGCAUGUGCAGUUUGGACGAAAGACACCCGCUGCUGCGAGACCUCGGACGCCACUCGGACACCCCCGCCGCCGACCUCGCCGCCAAAAUCCUCGGAGCUCUUCAGGGAGGGGAGGAGCUGUUGUUGGCCCGCCUCCAGAGGAUGGGCCACAGACGAGGCCACUCCCCUUGUUGCUUGGCGACGUAUUCCGAGACAUUCGAAGACGAGGACACUCCUUGUAAGGAUUGCGGAGGAAGAGUCUGCCUUCCUCCGGAGUAUUCCUCUCGUAGAAAGGUGUCGGACGUGGCGUCGUCUGGCGUAGUCUCGCUCGACGAGGAAGAAGUGGACGGGGAUGAAGAGGAAGAGCAGUGACCGGUUUUGACUCUGCAUGUUUGUUUUGGACUAAUUUGCAUUUCGGUCUUUUCUCGUUGAAUUCUGGACACCAUUUGCUCUUGUGGUUUGACCUUUAAUCUUGUGUUUCUUUACCAAAUGGUGAAAAAUACUAAACUUGAACAUUCUCCAACUAAAAACAAAAGCGCUAAAAGUUUUACAAACGAGGAACAAAAGACUGACAUCGACCUUAUUAUCUCUGCAUGUCUUGCAAGUGCCGAACUGAAUGUGAAUCAUAAAUGUUUGGAUCUGGACGUCCAGUUGUUUAGCACGGUUUGUGGAUUUGGCUGUUGUGUAAUCUCGCUCCUUAUAUGAUGUCAUGCCCCAUUGCAUUCUGGGUCUUGAUGACAUAACGCCUGUUCCCCGGUCGCAUCUUUCGGGCAUGGCUUGCUGAAUACGUCAAACUGAUAUCUGAUCUGUCACAGUCGUUCAUGAAGCGACACGGGAAUGCUGAAUGUUUAUAAAGUGACAGAAAGAUUUAUAACAAAACAUAAGAAUGCCUAAGAAAACUGACGAUCAAGUUUUUUACGUUUUUGUUGAAUUCUUAUUAUUUUGACUAUUCAUACUCAGUGGAUCGUUUGAUUUGUUAAUAUUUCAAGAUCAUUAUUGUCCUAAGAUGAACACAUUGAAUGUGUAGGAGUAAUUCAAGUGUUGUUGAAUGGAUGUAAAAGACGAAGCUUCGUGUUCGUGGACCUUUUUGAGAGUUGCUCUAUUUUUGUACCGUGUGGUUUUUGCGGUGAAUAACUGAGUAACGCUGUGGUUCGUUCACUUGUUUAUUGCUUUAUUUCUCGAUUUCCCUGUCCCUGAAUUAUCACUGUGUGAUAUUGUCGACAUCAGGAAAAAACUAAACUAAUGUGAAAAAAGAAACAAAUGCACCUUUUGCUUUGCUCUUUGUCUCUAGAGAGGGAAUCAUUCACUCUCAUUUUUCUCUUUGUGUUCUGUAAAUGUCAAGCUCUCUCUCUCUCUCUCACUUUAGGAGCCACUUUGAUUCUCCGAUAUUCACUUGUUACCAUGGAGAACAUGAAUCAUAAGAAAUUGUAGGUCUGGUCAAUCAGACAGUUUUGACAAUCUAAUAACCCCCCUACCCGGGCGUGUGUGUGUGUGUCACAUGUACAUCUGUACAGUAUUUAUUUGACUUAUAUUGAUUUGAAAAAUGUUACAGCGACAAGCAGUCCAACCUCAAAAACCUUGUGAAUCAUCGUCCGUCUCUUGUGCUCCACAUUUUCAGUCUUUUAUGGCCAUACAAGAGCUUUGUGUGAUAGACUAACUCAAAUGUAAGUCAUAGUUCACUAGAUCAAUGGAUUUAUUAAUUUAUUAUGAAUUUUGUGUAAUUGAACCUCAGAAAAACAAGGCUACUAACCAACAGCACUAUGUUGUAUAAUUUAAGUUUAGAAUGUUUUAUGGCAUAAUUUUUCUUUGGGGGGGCAUUGAAGGUAUGCACCAUACACAAUGGGGACCACAUGCCAAAAAAGUUUGAGAACCACUGAUUUAGAAACUGUUGCUCGCGCAAUGGCUUGAUUUAAUAUCACACAGUCAGAAAACAUCAAACUAGAUAAUUAUAUAAAUAUCCAUAUCACAUGUUACAGAUACAGAAGUGAUAGAUUAUUGAGGAAAGCUUUCUAAGAGAUCAGUAUCUUCACCCACCAGGCAAUAAAAUAGGUGAAAAUAAUCACAAAAAUUCAUUUAUAACACUAACUCAUUCUCCCACCUCUCUCUCUCUCAUUGCAGGAGUGAGUUAUGUAUUUUUCUUCAGAAAUGUGUAAUGUUACUCUCUUUUACUGUCACUACAGCAGUGAGUUAUGUUUAAUUCACUCUUACUGCAGGAGGGAAAUGUAUUUAAUUCACUCUUACCGUAGGACUGAGUUAUUUUAUCUCACUCUUACCACAGGAAUGAGUUGUGUUUAUCUCACUCUUACAGUGGAAGUGAGGCAUGUCUAUCUCAUUCUUCCGACAUGAGUGUGUUAUGCAUAUCUCAGUCUUGUUGCAAGAGUGAAUUAUGUUGUACUCGCUUGUUGUGGGUUA